AUGACUGAUCAGAAGUUAGCAAAAGCGAAAGUGGUAUUUGUAUUAGGUGGACCAGGAAGUGGUAAGGGUACACAGUGUGAAAAAUUAGUCCAGAAAUUUCAUUUCAAUCACUUAUCCAGUGGUGAUCUUUUACGAGCUGAAGUUCAGUCCGGUUCACCAAAAGGUAAAGAGUUAAAAGCUAUGAUGGAGAGAGGUGAACUUGUUCCUUUGGAAGUUGUUUUAGCUUUACUUAAAGAAGCAAUGAUUAAACUGGUUGACAAAAAUUGUCAUUUCCUUAUCGAUGGAUAUCCACGUGAACUGGAUCAAGGCAUUAAAUUUGAAAACGAGGUAUGCCCUUGUUUGUGUGUGAUUAAUUUCGAUGUGAGUGAAGAGGUGAUGCGUAAAAGACUAUUGAAAAGAGCGGAGACUAGUAAUCGUGUUGAUGAUAAUGAAGAGACAAUUGUGAAACGUUUUCGCACUUUCAAUGAAUUAACAAAACCCGUUAUUGAACACUAUAAGAAAGAAAAUAAAGUAAUCACUAUUGAUGCUUCUGGUACAGUAGAAGAAAUUUUCGAGAAAGUUAAUCAUGGACUUCAAAAAUUCGUGCCUGUACAUCGAUUGUCUCUUCUAGAUUCUUUGUCUCCUAUUGUUUAUAUAGAUAAUCUUUCUUUUGAAAAGAAACUUAUAAAAAAGCCAAGAACAAAUUAAUUUAGUGAGCGUGAUCUGCUAUGAACAUUUUUCUGUACGUCAGUAUAAAAUGUAUAUAGUAAGUCAAGUAAUUGUAUUAUCAUUCCAUGUAAGAAAAUAAGUUUUCGGUUGAUUUUUCAAAGCAUUUCUUUGUAUUUCAACACAUUAUCGCUGAUAUAGCUUACAGAAGCAAGAAAAAAUAUCUAUAGUUUUCUUUUUAUGUUGUGAUUUAAAUGGAUCAUUCGUUUAUUGGUCAAGUUCGUAGUUGACAUUGUGGCAUCACACAUGCUUCAUAGCCUAUGUGGUUCAAGAUUAAUUUUAGUAAUUAUUGGUUUCAGUGGUAAAUUAUUUAAAUGAAGUAACUGUUGACCUUGAUAUCUGUGUCGAGUUCUCAUUGUGUUGAGAUCAGCUUGCAAAUAUUGAUUAAUUCGAUUAUAUUGUAUAGUUAGUUCACUUCUAACAGUCUGAAUUUCUUCGUUAUUUUGUAAUAAUUUUUGCAAUAAUUUCUUAUUUGACUGGAGAAUAAAAGAGAAAAAUAUAAAUAAAAGAAGUUUUUGUAAACUUAUCACUAAAUUAGUCUAUCAAAUAAUUAGAUGGAAAAUAAUACGAUAAUUAUAGUCAACUGAUAAUUUCCAGCUACAUAAUACAUAAAGCAUACUCCGCAUAAUAUUGAGUUGCGAACUGCUGGAUAGGAUUCAAUCAGCGUUAAAAUCUAGGAAACGGGAGAUUGGAAACCGUUAGUACAGUCAAAUAAAAUUAUUGUAAUUUCUAGAGUUUCGAUAACAGGAAUCAUUUAAACUCGUAAGAUAUGCAUGGCAACAAAGAUUUCCCAGUUUAUGAUCGAUUAGUUGCUGUUAUAGUUUUAUUCACAGAAAUAUUGAUGUGACAUAACACUAGGAAGAAUCAUUUUAUGAUUUUCACAAGAGUAAAUUAUACAAAGUUAAAAAUGCUAAAAACUGGUUUCGGAAAUGAAUAUGGUACAUUUUUGAGUUGUCACGAGUCGAAAAUCGGUCAAAUUGGUCUCUAAAUAUCAACAAUGGAAAAACAUAGACCCUAUAAAAUAGUAAUUACUAUAUCCGUUAAAGGAAUUGGUGGCUGUAUAAACUCAGUAUUUUAUUGAAGAUCUAUUUGUAGCUUAAAGUGAUAGGUAGUGAGUUGAAGACGUAUUGCGAACAUCAACAUUGAGAUGCAAUUGUAUUCAACUAACAGAUUCCAGUUAGGCUGAAAUAGUUGGUCGCGAUUCCGUUGAUAGUCAGAAUUAAAAAAUAUAGCGAAGCUAUGAAUUGCCGUAAGGAUCAGUCGUGCACAAACCAGAUCAUCGUCGAACAAUCAGUUGA